AUGGCAACGGCAAUAACUGAAAGAAAUCUAUGUGAUACAUGCGGUAAAGCUAAAGGAAUUUCUAAGUGUGAAGGAUGUGCAAAAAUUUUCUGUUACAAUCAUUUUGGAGAUCAUCGUCAAGAAUUAAAUAAACAAUUAGAUGAAGUUGAAGUUAUUCGUGACCUCUAUCGACAAACAUUUACUGAACAAACAGCAGAUCUACAAAGAGAUAAAUUGGUACAACAAAUUAAUGACUGGGAAAGUGAUUCGAUAAAAAAAAUUCAAGAAACAGCAGAAGAAGCUAGACAAAUAUUAUUUAGACAUACAAAUGAACAUAUUAAACAAAUAGAAGUUAAAUUAAAUAAGUUAACUGAUCAAUUAAGACAAAGUCGUCAAGAAAAUGAUUUUGUUGAAACAGAUCUACAUCAAUGGAAAGAACAAGUUGCACAAUUAAAUAGAGAACUUACAAAUCCAUCAAGUAUUAUACUUCGACAAGAUUUAGAACCAUUUAUCACUAAAAUUUAUGUUGAGAUAUCAACCAUACCAUUGGAUUUUACUAAUAUUGGGAUCAAUACAAGAUGGAUCCAACAUGGUAUUACAAUAGCUGGAGGUAACGGAAAGGGUAAUUUAUUAAAUCAACUCUGUUAUUCAUGGGAUAUAUAUGUUACCGAUAAUCAAACUGUCUAUGUCGCUGACAGCUCGAAUCAUCGUAUUGUGGAAUGGAAAUGUGAUGCAACGAAUGGUCAAAUUAUUGCAGGUGGACAUGGACCAGGAAAUCGAACUGAUCAGUUGAAUGAUCCAAGAAGUGUGAUUUUCGAUAGAAAAACCGACUGUCUUAUAAUAGGCGAUAAUGGAAAUCGACGAGUUUUACGAUGGCCUCGUCAAAAUGGCACAAAUGGACAAAUAAUCAUUUCAAAUAUUGACUGCUCCCGCUUGACAAUGGAUAACGAUGGAUAUCUCUAUGUUUCUGACAAUAGUAAACAUGAAGUAAGACGAUGGCAAAUAGGUGAAACGGAUGGAACAUUAGUAGCAGGUGGUAAUGGACUUGGUCAUAAUCUUAAUCAACUCAAUUGUCCCAAUCACAUAUUCAUUGAUCAUGAACAUUCAGUAUAUGUGUCAGAUAGCGACAAUCAUCGUGUAAUGAAGUGGAUGAAAGAUGCAAAAGAAGGCAUUGUUGUUGCUGGUGAUCAAGGUAAAGGGACUGAUCUGACACAACUAUCAUAUCCUCGUGGAGUAAUCGUCGAUCAUUUGGGCACUGUUUAUGUGUCAGAUUAUGGCAAUCAUCGAGUAGUGCGUUGGUUCAAAGGAGCAAGACAAGGUAGUAUUGUAGUUGGUGGAAAUGAAAAGGGAAACCAAUUGAAUCAACUUAACCAUCCUACAGGUUUGUCAUUCGAUCGACAAGGACAUCUUUACGUUUCCGAUUAUCACAACUAUCGAGUACAAAAAUUCAAUAUUGAUUCCAAUUCGAGUUCAUAGUGAUAUAACGGAACGUUAAUGAACUAUUGCGUUUCUUGUUAAUCUUUUUUUUUUGCUACAUAUCUUCAGCUACUUUCGAUGUACUGGAAAUGUCAUAUCAAUGAAGUUGUGUAAUUUGAUUUGACUGAAUGAUGAAAAUUUUUCUUCAACUUCUCAUAAGAAUAAUAAAUAGUACAUAGUACUCUGUGACAUCAAUAUUGAAAUAUAAGAUUGUUUCUUUAUAUUUAUUAAUUAAUCAUCGAAUACUUUAUCUUGUACUACGUUUACGCACUACUGUGAUGAUUGAUAAUAAAGACUCACUUGAAAUGUAAACAUGAUUCAAUAAAAUAUACCUACUUUUUCAAGAUAGUUUUUUUUAGUGAAACUUGAGAUACACCAAAUUCAAGUUGUUCAGAUUUCAUAAAAUCGAGUUUGUUUUGAAGUUCAGUAAUUAUUAAUUGAAUAUUCAUAAAAUAAUUGUUAAAAAAAAUACAUGUAUCUAUCGAAAUAGUACAUUGUACAGAUUAGAACAUUGUUAAUUAUUAAAAUGAUCCAAACAUUCAUAAAAAAUCGAUUUUGAUCAAUAAAAAGAAACUGACUUUAUCGAAAUUUUUAUAAAAUGAAUCUUUCAAAUAGGGUGUGGGUGUGGGUGUGGAUGUGGGUGUGGGUAGGUGUGGGUGAGUGUAGAUGUGGGUGGGUGUAGGUGUGGGUGAGUGCAGGUGUGGACAAGUGUGGGUGAGUGUGAAUGUGGUUUUUCUAUUAACUCCCACACCCGCACCCUUGCCACAAACACACCCACCCACUCACAAACUAUUUACUUUUUUAUAUGACCCUCCCCAGGUCGAACUCACCCCAUCGGAUCCGAUGGGAAUUCGUCGGAAGUUGUCGGAAUCCUUGGUAUCGGAUUCCGACAGGAAGUUGUCGGAU